GACCGCAUGUUCUACUGCUUCCACCGCAUAGGCGUCCAAUCGAACAUUAUUGUCUCAACAAAGUAUUCAUCUCAUGAGGGAACCUUGUCGGAUAGUGCUGUUUACGCCGCUCUUGCAACUGUAAUUAAAGCACACCCAGCCUUAUGUGCCAUUGGUGUGAGGUUGCCAUCGUCCAGGCCUGGAAAGCAUAGUCUCCAUCGUGCAUUACUCCACAAGAUUGACUUGCAACAAUGUGUGGUGUUCAUGGAUGACGACGAAGCUACGGAAGUUGACUCAACGAUUCUUGAGAAUGCCCACAACCAGUGGGAUUGGACCGACGAUGAACCAGACACUCCUUGGUGGAAAGUGCUAGUUGUGGGAAGAAAACACGUCGUGUUUGUGUACCAUCAUUUUGUUGGUGAUGGCAUGUCAGGCAGCGUAUUUCAUCGCGAGUUUCUCGCCGCCCUCAACUCUUUACCUCUGGAUCCGAAACCGAUGCAAACACAGAUCCCACUCACUUGGACUUCCACCAUUCAGCACCCACCUGAGCCUACCGAUCAUUCAAAUGUUAGGCCAUCUAUUCCUAGACUACUCUGGAAGAUGAUGAUCUGGUUUCUCCUCCGCCUCUUCUUUAGUGAGAGACUUCUCUUCUAUGAUCUUCCCAAAUCCCGACCAUAUGUUCAAGCAGCAGCGGCGAAAACUGUCUACACAAACCGAACAAUCACCAGAGUUUCGAGCUACCGCAUACCCUCACACAAGAUGCGUACCGUGCUCUCUGCCUGCCGUGCGAAUCAGACAACCUUCACUCCCCUACUUAUUACCUUGCUGAAUCUCACUUUCGCAACUGAUUUUUAUCCCCGGGCAAAGUUUGGAUCGUCGCGAUUCGCCUUUGACCUUCGACCUUAUCUCCCAGCGGCCCAAUUUGGCGACUUGGCUCGCACCGGCACUGUGAUGAAUGCCGCCGCAGGUUCGGCACUUAUUGAUCAAAUGGAGCCUUACCGCAAGGCUGUUGCACAAUAUAGCGACUCAAAGGAGGACGUCGGCAAGGUUUCCUUAUUUCGAAGUGCCGUAUGGAAGCUGGUCCGAGAAUACAAGUCAAGGAUGGACGGUGAUAUUCGUGGGUCUAUCCAGGACUGGAUGGCGGGUACACUGAUAGGGAGUGAUAUCGAGGAUUUCAUGACCACCUCGAUGCCAAGGAUAGGACAGCUAACCAGCGAUACAUAUCUGGUGUCCAAUAUCGGCGCUUUCUCGAACUAUCCGAAAGAUGCUGCGGCGACCAGCGGGACAAAAGAAAGCUGGUCUAUUGAUGAUAUGCAAUUCUCAGCUGCCGCGACAAACGGAAACGCAGGGUCUCGCGGUGUUAUCUUCAACGUUGCUGGCGUGGCCGGUGGCGACACAGUGAUCAACGCCUCAUUUGAGGACGGUAUCAUGGGCAGGGAGACGGUAGAGGCAAUUCUGGAGAAGGCAAUUGAAAAGCUGGAUUUGCUUUUAGAUUAA